GGAGCUCUGUCCCCAUCCCCCAUCCCCUAUCUUCUGUACUUUCUCUCCACUCUCUUCUCUCUCUCUCUCUAAAAAAAACACACACACACUCGCCCACUCCAAUAAUGGCCGGGAAUACCCUCACCACCACGACCGUCUCCGAUCUCCCCGACGUGAUCCUCUCCAACAUCCUCUCCGCCGUCUCCGACACCCGCAGCCGCAACUCCGCCGCCCUCGUCAGCCGCAAGUGGCUCCUCCUCGAGCGCUCCACCCGCUCCUCCCUCACCCUCCGCGCCAACCUCCGCGACCUCCUCUUCCUCCCCACCUGCUUCCGCCACGUCACCCACCUCGACCUCUCCCUCCUCUCCCCCUGGGGCCACCCCCUCUCCACCGCCGACCCCUCCUACGCCACCACCUCCCACCUCCUCCCCCACCUCCUCCGCCGCUCCUUCCCCUCCGUCACCUCUCUCACCGUCUACUCCCGAUCGCCGUUAACUCUCCAGCUCUUAUCUCCUAUCUGGCCCCACCUAACCCAAAUCAAGCUGAUCCGAUGGCAUCAACGCCCUCAGUUACUCCCCCAAGGAGCAGACUUCGCCCCUCUAUUCGAAAACUGUCGUACAAUCUCCUCACUGGAUCUCUCCUCGUUUUACUGCUGGAACGACGACGUUCCGAUCGCUCUCCAAUCGAACCCUAACCUCGCCGCAAACCUCACCUGGCUGAACCUCCUGAACCCUUCCUUCGCGGAAGGGUUCAAAUCGGACGAGAUCAAAUUGAUCACAUCUUCUUGCCCUAACCUGAGCCAGUUCCUCGUGGCGUGUAAGUUUGAUCACAGGUACAUUGGGUUCGUGAACGACGAGACUUUGGGGUUUUUCGCUUCCGAUUGCCCUAAGUUGUCUGUGCUUCAUUUAGUGGAUACUUCUGCUUUGUCUAACCCUAGGGAGGAGCUGAACGACGAAAGUUUAACCGCGGAAGACGCUAGGUUUGGUGCUGCGAGCCUGAUCGACAUGUUCUCUGGUUUGCCGUUGUUGGAAGAGUUGGUUUUAGAUGUUUGUAGGAAUGUCAGGGAGUGUAGAGUUGCGCUGGAGGAGUUGAAUUCCAAGUGUCCAAGGCUGAAAUCGCUUAAACUAGGGCAGUUUCAUGGUCUUUGUAGGGCAAACGAGCCUAAUCUUGAUUCGAGGCUCGAUGGGAUUGCCUUGUGUCAUGGGCUUGAGGCGUUGUCGAUCAAGAACUCCGUGGAUUUGACUGAUUUAGGGUUGAUAGCUAUUGCUAGAGGGUGUUCGAGGUUGGUUAAGUUUGAAGUCCAUGGGUGCAGGAAGAUCACGGUGAGGGGAAUGAGGACGAUGGUAUGCUUGCUGAGAAAGUCUUUGGUUGAGGUAAACAUCUCUUGUUGCAAGAACCUAGGUGCUGUAUCCUCGUUGAAGGCGUUGGAUCCGAUCCAGGACCGGAUCCAACGGCUUCAUAUCGAUUGCGUUUGGGAUAGUGUGGAACAGUUUGAGGCUCGGGAGGGGGUGGAGUACAACUUUGAUCUCAACAAGUCGGAAGAGGAGGAUGGAGAGAUGAUGAUGAUGAUAAAUCAGCAGUCGUUGGGAUUCGGUUUAAGGGACUUUUUCGAUGGAAGAGGCAAUGAUGAUGAGGGUGUGAGAAAACAGAAGAAAUGCAAGUACUCUUAUGACCUCAAUUCUUCUUUAACGGAAGGAGAUGCUAGUGAUAAUGGAAAUGGUUUCUGUGGCAGGGCUUGGGAAAAACUAAGGUUUCUUUCGCUUUGGAUUGGUGUUGGCGAGCUUUUAAGCCCGUUGGCGAAUUCGGGUCUUCAAAACUGCCCCAAUCUGGAGGAGAUGAGAAUAAAGGUUGAAGGCGAUUGUCGGGAGUGGUCGAAGCCAUCCGAGCGGGCGUUCGGAUUGGGCCACCUGUCGCGGUACCCUAAGCUGAAAAAGAUGCAUUUGGAUUGUGGAGACACAAUAGGGUUUGCGCACACUGCACCAUCAGGGCAAAUGGAUUUGAGCCUUUGGGAGAGGUUUUACCUGUUUGGGAUUCAGAACUUGAGCCUCAACGAACUCGAUUACUGGCCACCGCAAGAUAGGGAUGUUAACCAGAGGAGUCUCUCUCUUCCGGCAGCCGGAUUGCUCGCGGAAUGCAGUACGUUGAGGAAGCUUUUCAUACAUGGAACUGCUCAUGAACAUUUCAUGAUGUUCCUUCUGAGGAUACCAAAUCUCAGGGAUGUGCAGCUGAGAGAAGACUACUACCCUGCACCGGAGAAUGAUAUGAGCACGGAGAUGAGGGCUGAUUCAUGCAGUCGUUUUGAGGACGCAUUGAAUAGACGUACUAUCCCUGAUUGAAAACUAUAGCAAGAGGAGAAAAAAACGCCUGGUUUCCAAAUUGCACAAAGCCAGAAAACCUUCCUAAGUUGUAUUGUGUUUUUUGUGGAUUCAGAUUGCUCUGUAAUUCUUUUGGCAGUUUAUUUUUGCUGGACCGUGGCACAAUGAAUGAAUCCAUUUGACAUCA